GAGGAGCGAGGCGCGUCGCAAAAAGUCGCAGUGGAACUUUCCUACGAUCUACAACCUGGCGCUUUACGGUGCCCAAGCACUGCUGAGCUGGGAGAUGACGACUGCAGUCCGGGCUGAGCCCUUGGGUCCUCCUAACAGCUUUGCGAAGCGGGUCCUGGUGACCGGGGGUGCUGGUUUCAUUGCAUCACAUGUGAUUGUCUCUCUAGUAGAAGAUUAUCCAAACUAUAUGAUCGUAAAUCUAGACAAGCUGGAUUACUGUGCAAGCCUGAAGAACCUUGAAACCAUUUCUGAUAAACAAAAUUACAAAUUUAUACAGGGUGACAUAUGUGAUUCUCACUUUGUGAAACUACUUUUUGAAACAGAAAAAAUAGACAUAGUGCUACAUUUUGCUGCGCAAACACAUGUAGAUCUUUCAUUUGUCCGUGCCUUUGAAUUUACCUAUGUUAAUGUUUACGGCACUCACGUUUUGCUAAGUGCUGCACAUGAAGCCAGAGUGGAGAAAUUUAUUUAUGUCAGCACAGAUGAGGUGUAUGGAGGCAGCCUUGAUAAGGAAUUUGAUGAAUCUUCGCCCAAACAACCUACAAAUCCUUAUGCCUCAUCUAAAGCAGCUGCUGAGUGUUUUGUACAGUCUUACUGGGAACGAUAUAAGUUUCCAGUUGUCAUCACCCGAAGCAGUAAUGUUUAUGGACCCCAUCAAUAUCCAGAAAAGGUUAUUCCAAAAUUUAUAUCUUUACUACAACACAACAGGAAAUGCUGCAUUCAUGGAUCAGGGCUUCAAACAAGAAAUUUCCUUUAUGCUACCGAUGUAGUGGAAGCAUUUCUCACUGUCCUCAAAAAGGGAAAACCUGGUGAAAUUUAUAACAUUGGGACCAAUUUUGAAAUGUCAGUUCUCCAGCUUGCCAAAGAACUAAUACAACUGAUCAAAGAGACCAAAUCAGAGUCCGAAAUGGAAAACUGGGUAGAUUAUGUUAAUGACAGACCUACCAAUGACAUGAGAUAUCCAAUGAAGUCAGAGAAAAUACAUGGAUUAGGAUGGAGACCCAAAGUGCCUUGGAAGGAGGGAAUAAAGAAAACAAUUGAGUGGUACAGAGAGAACUUUCACAACUGGAAGAAUGCAGAGAAGGCAUUAGAACCCUUUCCGGUACAACCAUCAUUUGUGUAGUCAGGACCGUUUCCAGAGAAGGAAGAAAAUUAUCCUACCUCGACAAGUGAUAGGAAAUCAAGUGACCAAAUGAAGUGUCCUCUUUCAUUUGGAAUUAGAAUAUGAGUUUUUGCAUAAAAUUCAAAUAUAAAAUGCCUCAAUCUUGGAGUUCCCAUCGUAGCUCAGUCGUUAACGAAUCCAACUAGGAACCAUGAGGUUGCAGGUUCGGUCCCUGGCCUUGCUCAGUGGGUUAACGAUCCGGCGUUGCCGUGAGCUGUGCUGUAGGCUGCAGACGCGGCUCGGAUUCCGCGUUGCUGUGGCUCUGGCGUAGGCUGGCGGCUACAGCUCCGAUUGGACCCCUAGCCUGGGAACCUCCCUCCAUAUGCCGCGGGAGCGGCCCAAAGAAAUAGCAAAAAAAAGAGACAAAAAAAAAAAAAAAUGCCUCAAUCUUUAGAGGACGUUCAGUAUCAGCAUAGGAUUUAACUAUCAGAUUCUCUCAGAAACCUUUUCUCCUGAAAAUUAGGUGCUGAUAGGUAUGGAAAGUUUCCUCGGUAGAGGUGAGCUGAGGAGGAAGAAUGCCCUGGUUCUGAGAACAAAGGUGAAUAGCUCUGGGAAGAUGGCAGCCUUCAUUGGCAUUGAACUCGGCUUCCCAGCCUUACCCUUUGCCUAGAAAGUCGCUGAAGUUUUUUAAGCAAUAGAGGCUGAGCCUAAUGCCCUAAUUUAUCUUUUUUUAAGGUCUGAUAUCAUGCUAUAAUUGCUUUAAAAGUGGAACAAAAUGGAAGCAUAUCUAGCUAGCACUUUUUAACUUUUGAUAAUUUUGUAAAAUUAAGUAUUUUUUAAAAGAAGGACGUAGUUUUUAUAUUUUCAAAAUUAGUCAUUGGAUUAUGUAAGUAACCUUGUUCCAGAGAAAUUUCAUCAUGUAUUUACUGUUUAAAGUGAUUUUAUUUAUAAAAUUAUCAGUAUUUUAAUGUAUUUAAUGUAGAAUGUGGCUUUUAAAAAAUAAUGUAUGUUUUUAUUUUGCUGUAGAAAAUUUUUUUAAAUACUUGAUUAUCAUAUAUUUUUAAUUCCUCUCUCCCCUGAAGGCUUUAAGAUGAUUUGAAAAGGUAAUUGAAAAGGUAAUUGAUUGGAUAUUCCAUUGAGUAAAGAGAAGUCAAAGAUUCUUUGCAGCUUUCUGACUUCAGUGUCUGGUGGCUUGUUUUCUCAAUGGAGUAGGAAGCAAAAUUAUUCACUCAGAGGUGGUUGAAGGGCGUGGGGAUACGAGUGGGAUACAGGCUUUGGGGAAAAGAGUAAAAAGCAAAUCCAGAAUUAGGAAGGGGAUUUGCAAACUGGAAUGAAACACAAACUGAAGUUGAAACUGUAAUUUCAGAAUUUUGAUAUAUGUAAAAAUAAAUUAAGCCAGAGUUGGGACUUAUGGGGCACAAGAACUAGAGUUGAGUGAGAGUGAUUGAAAUGAGUUUCCCCUGGUCUUAAUUGUAUGGGGAAGAAAAGGCUUCUUGGGAGGAGCCUGUGCCUCUAGAAGAAAUGGAGAGGGGAGAGAGGACGUGAGAGCUCAGGGCAAGUUACAGGCAGAAGAUAGGACCAACUGAAAACAAAUCGUCUUUGAUGGAGUUUGGUCAUUGAUGAUGACAAAAUAAAAACACUUAUUCUGUGUCA